UGCCACUCUGUUCACACUGUACUGCGCUGUGGAUCCUGUUUAAACUGACCAUCACUACUGUUACUGAGCUUUUUUUGUGGAGGCUGAAUGAAACAAAAUUACUUUGUUUGUCUGGAUGGAUACACACUGUUUUUGGAGGUGACAGUGGAGACUUUGGAAGCUGAAUAUGUUUAGCAGUAAACAGAUGGCCUCUCGGCUCAAGAGUGGUGAAGCUCUGUAAAGUCAUUCCCGUGUUUUAGUGCGAGCGUCCCUGAGGAGUUUUAUGUGUCAUCAGGACCUUGAGACACACCCACUCAGACACACACUGAUGCUCAGCCUCUCCUUUUCAGAGUAGACCUGGCAGACCUCUAAUCUCUAAAAGAUUGAUGAGGUCCUGUCCAGGCGCAGGAGGCCUGGCACAGUGUCGAUAAGGCAGCCUUCAUUUCACCACAUUUUAUCCCGUGCUCCUUCCUCUCCUCUCCUCUUUUCCUCCAUGCAGAGGGACGCGGGGGCUGCCUUUGAAGUGUGAAAGAGGAUUAUGACAUGCCAAGGCCCCUGGGCGAGAAGGACAGUGUUUUAAACAACAGGAACCAUGAAAUUCCCAGGAAAUGACAGUUCUCUUUUCUUCUGUCGCUCCAUGUGGGACAGCUCUGUGGUAGCCGAGCAGUACGCCAGAGUCGGCAUGCCACUGUCAAACUGCUGGAGCAGGGAUAUACUGAAACUACAGAGGGACACUCGGAGCUGAGAGUAGCUGAACACACACCACCCAUCCGCACACACGCACAAACACACUCAGAGUGUUCCACACAGGACAAUGUGCAACAUCUCGUUCUGUAAUGUGGAAAGUAAGGUGGACCAGUUCUUCCAGCCCACGCUCUACAUCAUAGUCAUCGUUCUGGGGCUGCCCACUAACUGCAUGGCCCUGUGGGCUGCCUACAUGCAGGUACGGCAACGCAAUGAGCUUGGCAUCUACCUGAUCAACCUGUCGGUUGCUGACCUCCUCUACAUCACCACUCUUCCUCUGUGGAUCGACUACUUCCUGCAACGCGAUGACUGGAUCCAUGGUCAGACGAGCUGCAAGCUCUUUGGCUUCAUCUUCUACACUAAUAUCUAUGUCAGCAUCGCCUUCCUCUGCUGUAUAUCACUGGACAGGUAUUUGGCCGUGGCAUAUCCUCUGCGCUUCGCCAAGGUUCGACGAAUCAAAACAGCUAUCCUGGUCAGCGCCAUGGUGUGGAUGAUUGAGAUCGUAGCCAACUCUGCUCCUCUCUUCCAUGAUGAGCUCUUCCAGGAUCGGUUCAACCACACCUUCUGCUUUGAGAAGUAUCCCAUGCAGGACUGGGUGGCAGGGAUGAACCUCUACAGAACAUUUCUGGGCUUCCUCGCACCAUGGACAGCCAUGCUUGUUGCCUACCGUGGGAUCCUGGCAGCAGUGCGCUGCAACGUCUCAACAGAACGCCAGGAAAAGGCCAAAAUUCAGCGUCUGGCAUUGAGUCUGAUCCUGAUCGUUUUGCUCUGCUUUGGACCGUACCAUGUCCUCCUCCUGGUGCGGAGUAUCAUGUUUCUAAAGAAGCCAUGUGACUGCGGCUCAGAAGAGAGCUUGUUUGCAGCCUACCAUGUAUCGUUAGCGCUGACCAGCCUCAACUGCGUCGCCGACCCCAUUUUGUACUGUUUCGUCAAUGAGGGGGCUAGACACGAUGUUGGCCGAGCUCUUUCAGCUUUACUCUCUGCAGCUUGCAAAAGAGGCUCCUCUUCCUCACCAUCACACGCUGACAUACUCAAUGCUGGUUCAGUGACUAUGGACACACCACUAGCAGCAAAGAAGCAGCCUUGUGUGUACGCAGAUGGAACCAAGACAAGCAGCUACAAGACAGAACUGGUGGCACUGAAGGAGGAGUGUCUACAGAUGACCAUCCUCAGUAGGAAGUGACUUCUAUCUGGAGCAUUCAGUAUGAGGUCCAAACUGCUCAGCUCAGUGGAUGGAGGAGGUUCCGUACACUGAGAGGGUCUGAUGUCUUCUGGCUUCACAAGCUGAAGUCAGAUGCAUUUAUGAGGCUGUAGAUGUUUGGGGUCAAAGCUUCCACUAAAUAACAUUAACAAGUCAGAUUGGAAAUGAGAUUUAUGACAUAUACAAGACAUAUUGUCUGUAGCCAUGGUAGCAGCUCUUGUGAGAUUACUUAGACACCAGAAAAUUAUUUGGUGAAUGAAAAAAUGGGGAGACUACUUGGCUAAUGUUAGAUCCUUACCAGUAGUGGGGCAAACAGGGUGGCGCUUAAGGACUUGCUGUUAAUCAAAAGAGUUUAUUCUUUGUACAGUGACCCCUUUGGCACAUCUGAUACUGACAGCUUGUCUAAUGUUAACAUUUAACAAGCUGUAUUAUCAUCAAUCCCAGAGUGCUGCUGAGGCUGACAAGGAUUCUGUCAUUAGCUUUAGAGGUAUCCUCAUUAAGAGAUAGACCAGAGGAAAUUUUGACCCACUGGUGGCGCUGUGUUAAAAAGUCAGGGGAUCACCAAAAUCCUCAGGAUUCAGCCUUUCACCCGCUAAUGUCUGUACCAAAUUUCACUGCAAUCCAUCCAGUAGAUGUUGAGAUAUUUCAGUCUGGACCAACAGAAGAACAGACCAGCUGACAUUCCUACAGUCAUCUCACUGGUGUGGCUGAUAAGGAUCUCCUCAAACCCCGCUUGGACAAGUACCUGGAGUACCAGGAGUAAUUUCCAAUGCCUAGAAAGACGUUGAAUAUUUAAGUGGAAUUAUUUAAACAGACCACAUUUUGCAUGGCUGAGUAUCAUUAGUGUCUGCAUGGACACACAACUAGACAAAAGGCAGAUGUAGAAGACUGGGGUUUGCACCCAAAUUCACCCUUUUGGAAUAUGGAAGAGGAGCAGAAGGGUAAUACAAAAGAUUGUAGAUUACUGGUCAAAAACAUUUUUAAAUGGUAACUUUGGUAUUUUUCAUCGUGGACCCUAUUUUCCCAUGUUUUUGUGUCUAAGUGUCUAAUGGACACAACCUUUUUUGAAAUUGGUCCAGUAUUGAGUGAGACUGCUGCAGCCAACAAAACAGUCUACAAUGUAAGACUGAUGGGCAAUUGUGCAUGUCAUGUCAAUGUAUGUCCGCUAAAAGUUGCUUUGCCACUGACAGGCUCAGAUUAUUGUUCUAGGUUUUUAACAACAUUAUGGAAAAAGAUAUUUAAAGAGAUAGACCUUUAUGUUAAAGAGUAAGAUCCUUUUUGUUUAAGCAGAACAGUCUAAAAAUUGCUAUUGCCAAACACCACCAGACUACAUUUAAAUAAACAGCAAUUAUAUCAUCAUAAAAUGCAAUUCAUUUAAAAUUGACAGACACAAAAUGAGACUCAUGAAACCAUUUGGGUUUGUUUCUUCACUGUUCCAACAAUCACCAACUCUGGCUCUAUACACACAAAAAUUACUGUUUAGUAACAGGAGUUUGGUGGGUUUGCUAACAGUGACUUUGGUGCUGUAUCUGGUAAAACAAAAAGGAUCCUUUUAAUUAUAUUGUCAGACACUCAGAAUAAUAAUCUCAGCAUGUCAGUGGCAAAAAUAAGCACAAACAGUGGACGUACCUUGAUGGUAAAAAGAUGACCAAAGUAUUUACAUUGCUGCCUGUUUUGUUGCUGCUGGCUACUGCGCUCUUACUGAAUACUGGAAUAAUUUCAAAAAUUCACUCAGACACAAAAAAUGGGAAAAAAGGGUCCAGGUUGAGAAAUACCUAAGUUACCCUGCAAUGCUUGUUGGAAAUGUCUAAGCCAUUUUAUUCGUUUUCUGAAGGAAAUAAUGAAGCCUAAUAAAGUACCUCAGCUCGUAAACUGUGACAGCAAGAAGGCUUAGAGUAGAAGUGUCUCUAAUGUUAUGUGAGCAACAUUUUUUACUUUUACUACAGCAAGCAAACAGCAAAAUAAUCAAAACUCAGUCCACUGAAAUAACAGAGCCAAAACCAAAUCCUGCAUUCAGCCCAAGUUCAAUUUAUCAGUAAUUUUAACUACAUUAUGUGGAGAGCACUGUUGAGCAAAAAAAUAUCUCAACCUCCAUGAAUCCAAACAACGUGCUUUAUGUUUGGACUUUGGUAAAGGCACCUGAUACUGUUUACAUUUCUAUUUGCCUCCUAACUUUAACAGUCCCGAACUUCAUAAAUGAUGCACAGAAAACUUUUUUUUUUUAAUUUUCAGACGGUUUUUCCUAAUUAUUAUGCAACAAGUUUUCAGAUCUUUUAUCCCCAAAGGCGAGAUUUGUACAUUCCUUCUUGAUUCAAGUGACACUCCUGGCUGCUAACAGUUUGCCAUAUUCGGAAACAAAUUAAGAGACAUUUCUCUGUAAUGUCAAAAGAGUGAAUACAUAAUUAAGAAAUACUUGUACUGGAUAACGAAUAUCCAUAUAAAACCAUCUCCAGUGGUCAGGACAACUGUGGGAGCAUUCAGAACAGCAGUGCAACACUGCUCGUUUUAAUGAUUUAUUUUUAAGAAAUAAUGAUAAAUAUUCACAAACAUGUCUCUCCUUUUGUACUUGAAGCUGAUUGUUCUUAAUGUACAUAUAACUGACAAUUUCUGAUCCGCCAUGACUAAAUUAGCCAUAUUGUGCCAUAUAUUGGCUACUUUUUGAAGUCCUUUAUGUGGACAGCUGUCAGGACCUGGCAAAAUGGAAAUCUUAAAAAUUGUUGCUGCGCAUUUUUGAUGUAACACUGACAUGCGUGACCAUCCUUUUCCUAGUUGGCAGCUUGUUGUUACAGUAAAUCAACACAAAGUGACCAAAUACAGCUUUUUUCACAAUAGUUGGGAUCCCGAAAAUUAAUGGUAGCUUCUACAACAAAGCGUUGAAUACUAUACAUAAAGAAAGUACAGGUAUAGGGAUCAUUGCAGACUGGACACAGCUGUCAGGGCAGAGGAAACUUCAGCUCAUAAAAUCAAGUUUGUAGUUGUCAGCUUGGACUAUAAACUUCUUCUUUUUUUUCUUUAAAUCAUUGGUAAAAAAAAAAAACAUUUCAAACAAAUUGUCUGUUUACAUACAGAAAGUCCAGCUAUGUGUGCAGAUACAUAACAAUGACAUACAAACUUUCCUUGUAUGGAGUGUUAUGGCUCAAGACAGCAAGUGUCCAUGUUGUAGUUCCACUGGCCAAAAACGACAUUGAAAGGGACAGUGUAGGUGAUUCCAGCAACAUGUUUUUUAAUUUUUUUAAUUUUUUUAUUUUUUUAUUUUUUAUGUUGUCUGGCAUGAAAGCAUUCCUCUAUUCAGUGCAAUGAUGAUAAAGCAGAUUUUUUUUUGGACACUUUCAGCUCUCCAGUGUUGCCCUAAACGUUGCUGUGUGGCAUUGCUUUUGUUGUGCAUCUGCAUGUCAUGUCUGAGAGAGGACGCACCGGGCUUCAAAAUAAGUGUUUGUUCAUCAACAAUGUCAGUGAGAAAUAAAUUAUGCAUACAAAAUGUUGGGUGCUGCUGUGUUUGUAUGUUUGGCACCUACAAGCUGAAAAGGCUGCAUAGCAAAAGCAGCUGGAUGAAGGUACCUUUUUAAAUGGAAAUGAAUUGAAGGACAGAGAUCGUUUAUCAUCAUAUUCUGUCUUACUUUUUCAUCUAUUGGAUUUUCUU